AUGGAAGUCGAGAUUCACCCCAUGGCAAAACAGAAGAAGGAUCCAAACAAUUGUGAGGCAAACUUGGCCCCUUUUGUUCUACUUCGUGCAGAAGGACCUUACAAAGAUGAUCCAGUGGCAACGUCUUUGUCCCUAGUGCAGGAUAUCAUCUUCGAAUUGAAGCUUGUGGGGGAAGAGCCUGCUGUCAUAAACGUUACAAUCGAUCCAGUUGUUGGUACAAAAAGUGGGAGGUUGCAGCACAAAAACUAA